AUGGCGGCGCCGCCCGCGCGCGGCCACCCCGCGCCGCGCCCCCUGCCGGCCGGGAGGACCCCGCCCCGCGCCCCAGCGCCAGCGCGCCCCCUGCCGGCCGGGAGGACCCCGCCCCGCGUCACCGCGUCAGCGCGCCCCCUGCCGGCCGGGAGGACCCCGCCCGCGCCCCGCGUCAGCGCGCCCCCUGCCGGCCGGGAGGACCCCGCUCCGUUACCCCGCCCAGCGCCAGCGCGCCCCCUGCCGGCCGGGAGGACCGAGAGCGCCGCCCUGACCAUCGAGACGGGAGCGGGCGCGCGGAGCGGCGCGGGCGGGGCUGUGGCGGGUGUCAUGGCGGCGGCGUGA